AUGCAUCGAUUCGUUGUCGUCGAUGACGGACCAGCCGGUCUCAGACAGCAGUCCAUGACCCAGAUCCCAUCGACCGUCAACACCAUACAACGGCCGGGCGAUCCCGGCGUUAUUGGCGUUUUCCAAGCUCUGACGACGACCUGCGCCGCCGACGUUACGCCCAUGGCCCUUCGACCGAUCGUGACGACUUACACUAACAUUUGUUUGAUCAUUGGACAAUUAAUCGGGACCGGUGUCCUAUGGGGACUCUUCUCUCGCCCGGACGACUGGGCUUGGCGCACCCCCUAUGCCAUUCAAUGGGUCUUUUCUUUGCCCAUCGUGAUUGGCGAGAUUCUCGCCCCAGAGGGCCCAUCAGUGAAAGGCCGUUUGACUGAUUCUUCAGAUGCUCAGCGGCGUCUGGCGAGUUCCUCGACAACUGAUUCCGAGCUCGACGCCAGCAUCGCCAUGAUUACCCACCCGUACGGAAUGGAGAGAGGUGGAUUCGACUCGGACAACUCCUUCAGCUUUGGUCUGGGUACUAGCCCCAUCACAGUUGUUGGCAUUUUUCUCUCCUGGUUUCUCAUUAUCCACAUCGGACGCCGCAAGCUAUAUGUCAUUGAUCUUUGCAUCAUGUUCAUCGUUCUGGUGACUGUUGGCGGCAUGGGCAUUCCGGAUUCUCGUCCGAAUCUAGGCUGGACAUCAGGUGCCUUUUGGAUAGUUCUUGUCAUCACAUACGACAUGACUACCGGGCCGACUUGA